UAUAUAAAAGAGAAAGAGGGAGAGAGAUGGCCGGAAAGGUUUCCAUUUAUUGUGUAUGCAGUGUUCUUGCUCUUCUUGGUUUGCAAUAAUUAUAGUAAUACUAAGAAUAAUAUGAUGAUGGUUGUGCAUGCACAAAAUGCUGUUGUGAGUGCAACAUAUAACUAUUACUAUCCAGAGAAGAACAAUUGGGAUUUGAGUGCUGUGAGUGCAUACUGUGCCACUUGGGAUGCUGACAAGCCACUUGAAUGGAGGAUGAGGUAUGGUUGGACUGCCUUCUGUGGACCUGUUGGUCCAACUGGUCAAGCUUCUUGUGGUUUGUGUUUAAAGGUGACAAACACUGCAACUGGAGCUUCAACAAUAGCAAGGAUUGUGGAUCAAUGCUCAAAUGGAGGCUUGGAUUUGGACCAGGGAGUGUUUGCCAAAAUUGACACUGAUCUAAGUGGCUAUUUUAAUGGUCACCUCACUGUCCAAUACCAGUUUAUCAAUUGUUAAACUCCUUAAUUUAUAUAUAUAUAUAUAUAAUAAUAUGGAAGAAAUGAUGAAGCAACUGUUAUGCUCUGUUGAAAAGAUCUUCAAGGAUGUUACUUCUGGUUUAUAAGAAUAAAUAAGA